AGUACUUUAUAUUAUUUUAUUCGAAACUAAUACUUCACAACGGUUGUUAAUAAAUGAAGUAACUUGGUGUUUCAUAAGCGAAAUUUCUAGAAUUUGAUACUAGCGAAAAAUUUUUGAGUUAUCAAUUCAACUUAAAAAAAAUCAUGAAGCAUCUAAAUCGAAAAUAUUUGAUAUAUUCUAUCAUAAAACUCAUUGUGUAUGGUGUAUUGAUUCAGUUCAAGAUGAGAGAAGUUGCUUCAAAUUCAGAAAUAUCUAGUAUCCAUCGUUUACCUGAUUAUGUCAAACCUAUUCAUUACGCUAUUAAAAUAAUGCCUCUCCUGAAAAAAGAUAAUUGGACUUACGACGGCGAAUCUGAUAUUGAAAUACAAAUGAAGCAAAAAAGUAAUUUUUUAGUUUUGUAUGCAAAAAAUCUUGAAAUAAGCGAUAAUAUUACGAUAGAAAAUGAAAACGGAAUGCAUCAAUCUGUUAACUAUAAAAUUGACAAUGAAACAGAUUUUUUAACAAUUACAUUUCAAGAGGAACUAUCUGAAGGAAUUCAUACUUUACAUUUGAGAUACCGAGGUAAAGUUAACGAUGAAGCACAAGGUCUUUAUCGCAGCAGUUAUACAGAUAUUUAUGGAGAAAAUCGGUGGUUUUUAUCAACUCAAUUUUUUCCAUCUUUUGCUCGCCAAGUUUUUCCGUGCUGGGAUGAACCAGCGAUAAAGGCUACUUUUAAACUUUCUCUACAACACAAUUUCAAAUACACUGCGCUGUCGAAUACAAAAUCCAAUCAGAUAUCAAGCGCGGAUAGUAACCAAAAUCAAGUCUGGACAUCCUUCGAGACGACUCCUCCGAUGUCGGCACAAUUGAUAGCAUUUGUUAUUGGUGAUUUAGAAUUUUUAUCUAGCAGCGAUGAAGAGACACUUAAAGUAUGGACAGGAAAAAAUUCUGUUGGUCGAGGUGACAAUUUACUGGAAAUCGGAAAAAAAGCACUUGAUAUUUUGGAAAAUUAUACUAGUAUUUUAUAUAAAGAUCAUGGAUGUAAAAAAUUGGAUUUAGUUAUAGUUCCGACAUUGGGAGAAUAUUUAAUGGCUGUCCCUAAUUGGGGUCUUAUUUUUUUAAAUGAAUCUCAAUUUCUUUUCAGUCAUAAUAUGUCAAAUAUAGAAGAAGAAGAUGUUUUUAGGAUCGUAGCAUCUGAAUUGAGUUAUCAGUGGUUUGGAAGUUUAGUUACUCGUGAGUGGUGGCAAUAUACAUGGUUAACUGAAGGGUUGGAUGCUUAUUUUUCUCAUUUCAUUAACGAUCAAAUACAUAGAUCCUGGCACAUGAUGGAUACGUUUUUGAUUGAUCAGGAAUCAAUGUACAUUUUUGAUAGUCAAGGGUUAGUUCCUUCCCUUAAUUCUGAAACGAAUCCGUUAGAUGUAUUUAGUUUUGAAUAUUUUCAAUCAAACUAUGUCAAAGCUGUGUUUAUAAUACGCAUGAUAAAGAAUAUUCUUGGUGAUGAAAAUUUCCAAAUUGGAAUCAGGAAUUAUUUAAAACAUAAUAAGUUUCAAGGAGUCACUUCUGAUAAUUUUAAUGCUGAGAUGGUAUACGUAUCUGGAAACACGAAUAAAUUGUUAGAGCAAGCUCUUAUCAAUUGGGAAAACACUUCAGGAUAUCCACUUGUCACAAUAAGCAGAAAUUACUCAACGAAUAGAGCAAAAAUCACACAAUCACGUUUCAUGUUCAAUCACGCAUUAAAUUUGACAGACAGAUAUUGGAUUGCUCUGAAUUUUGCUUUUGAAGAUCAACCGGAUUUUGAUAAUACUUCCAUAACUCAUUGGUUCGAUCCAGCGACGAUUUCAUUGGAUGUUUUAGCGCCAGGAGAAAACGAAUGGCUAAUAUGCAAUAAACAACAAUUUGGAUACUAUCGUGUGAAUUAUGAUAAAAGAAAUUGGAAAUUGAUUAUCAAUUUUUUAAAUUCUGCGCAUUAUAAUAAAAUUCAUUACUUAAAUCGUGCUAAAUUGAUCGACGAUGCUUUCGCACUGGCCGAAUCUGAUUAUAUUCCUUAUGCAAUUCCAUUCGAGUUAGCAGAUUAUCUUGAACAAGAAAUGGAUUAUGUACCAUGGGCUGUAUUCUGGGGACACAUGGAUCGUUUGUACUUUGAAUCUGGGCUACGUUACUCUUCUUUUUAUGAAAAUUUCAAAAAAAACGUUGUUGACUUAUUCAGUAAAGUGGAAAACAGCCUCGUUUAUAAUACACUAAGUCAUGAUAUUUUUAAUAAAGAAUCCAUCAAAAUGAAGUUAUUGACUAUGACGUGUGCGUUUGGCUCUGAUAUCUGUAAGGAUUACACGCUUUCUAUGCUCUCUACAUGGCUAGCGGAUUCAAAAAAUAAUGUUCUUCCAGAAGAUAUACCCCCAUAUAUCCUGUGUGGUGGACUUCGUUUUGCUCAUGAAGACAUUUGGAAUAUAGUAUUAGCAAAAUAUUCCCGCAGUAGAGAUGGUAAAAUUUCAGCAUCAAUUGGUUGUACGUCAAAUUACACACUUCUGUACAACAUAAUGUUUGACACAAUGAAUGCCAUUGACAACGUUUCUGAAAAUCAGUUAUGGAACUUACUCACAUCGAUCAUCUCUUAUAGUGAUAUAGGUGUGAGAGUCACACUAGAUUUUGUUGAAAAUUAUGAAACUUCAAUAAACUAUACGGACUCUCGUUAUUCAUUCUUAAAAGUUGCUAUUACAUUAGUCAUGCAUUAUGUUAAGACAGAAAAUGAUUUUAAAAGAUGGAGUGAAAUCGUUCGAAAAAUCGUUGGCCAACAAAAAGCUGAAAAAUACAUAAACAAUAUCCAAGAUAAAAUCAAGCUGAACUUUCUACAAUUUCAUUCGAUGGAAAAUUACUUUACAAAAAAAUAUAAUCCAGAUAAUUAGACUGUUUUCGAGAGUCAUAUCUGUGAUCGGACAGUGACUUUUAUUAAUUCGUUUUGUUUUUGUAAAUUAUUUUUAAAAUUUUAUUCUGAAAUUUUAUGGCCAAUUUUUCAAUUUGGAAUAACAGUUUAUCUGUGAAAAAAGUGUUACCAAUACUGUAAAAAAAAAAUUAUUAAGCAAAGUGACGUUAUUCACGAUUCGCUUUCCCUAAACGCUGUUACAUAUUAAAUUCAAAAUAAAUUCAUGUGACACACAAAUAAUAA